AUGAAAUUGGUAAGUCAAGAGCUAGGACAAUUUAAUUUUCUAUCUUAAGCUGCUUUAAACGAAAUCAGUGUAAAAGGAGUGUUUGGAUAGAAUUUGAAAAAAUAAAAUCAAUAAGCUGAGAUUAAUGGAUUAUACAUUAUAUUGGUUGGAAUUGUCAAUAUAGAAUUUAUGGGGAUUAAACUUUAGGCUGAGAGACGGAAGAUUAUUAAUUUGUGUUUAAUUGAAAUGAUGAACGAUCAAAAAUAGGGAAGAGUCCAAUUCGAAUAAGCUGAUAACAAUGAUAUUUUGUACUUUUUUAUUGAUCAAGAGUAAUUCAAUGGUUGUUUACAACAAUAAUUUGAGAAGGAGAAGUAUUAAAUGAUAAAGGAAGAUAUUAUCUUUAAUAAUAACACUAAGUAAUUGAAUUUCCAAUGUCACUUUUGUAAAUAAUUUCAUCCAACUUUUAAUUGUGUUUGUCUGAAUAUUAAAGGAAGAUUCACUUAUGAUAAAACCAAUUAGGAGAGAGGUCCUAUGUUUAAGAGGAAGAAUAACAAUAGAACUAAGGCAGCCAUCUAUUAAUAAGGAACGAGCAAUUACAAUGUAUUUGAAAUGAAUUCAGACAGUUUCGAAGCCUUUUCGGAUUUUUCGAGUGAUAAAUUAAGUUUGUCGAAUUAGCAUAUGCAUCAUGAAUUGAUUGGUAAGCAGACCUCCAUAAGUCAGAUUCAGAAAGAUAUGCUGUAAAUAGAUAUUAUUUCAGAUAAGAUUACUGACCCUAUCAUAAGCAGUACUUUUAUCAAGCACUUUCAAGUUCAUGAAUCGACUCAAAAGCAUCAUGCAGAAAUGAUUCAGGCUGGAUUUUAAGAGCUCGAUGUGCUUAUGGAUGUUGACAAAUUUUGGGAAUAUGAACAUUACAACAUUAAUUUCAACUUAAAUAAUGUGAUUCAGAAAUUAAAUAAAUAGAAAUUUUUUGAAAAUUUUUUAUAAUAAUAAUGA